AUGUCUCGUAGUGAUGUUCUGUGCCACAGGCGCCCCCCAAAGCGCUGCACAGGUGGCUUGUAUGUGCGUUGUGCGGGACCCAUCCGGCCGUACGCAUCUCAACGCACUUUUGAACACAGACCUCUUCCCUCCCGAAUCGCGCCGCAGCCACCACCCCCCCCCCCCCUCUCAGGCCAUGCCCCGGAGCCUCCGCACGCCGCCCUAACGUCUGCCGCCCUCCUCUCCCGCCGCCAUGGCGCUCACGUCGAACCGGUUCGUGCACCCGUACUACGCGCUAAACGGGCUGCUGUUCCUCGCCUACGCAACUCUGCGCGUGCAGCGCCUCUCCGGCGGGGAGCUGUCCGCGACGGACAUGUUCGGCAUCACGCGCGAGGCGCAGAUCUACUUCUCGCUGGGGCUGAUGCUGUUCACGCGCGCGCUCUCCGCGCCGACGCUGGACGCGUACCUGUCGUCGGCGUUUAUGUUUUCGCGCGUGGCCGUGCUGGUCUGCCUGUGGUUCAUGGACUCUCGGCUCGCGGUGAUGUUCGCCGCGCUGUGGACGCUUCUGUACGCCGUGUGCCCGCAGCCACGGUACCGGCUGCCGGACUCAAUCGCGACUCUCAACAACGUGACGUUCGAGCAGCGCAUCGCGAAGAACAAGCACCAGACGAUCCACGUGCUGUGGUGCCACGCGACGUGGUCGGCGCGGUGCUCGCAGCUGGCGCCUGUGCUGGCCGCGCUGGCGAAAAGCUAUAGCCAUACGAGGGUCAGGUUUGGCAGGGUGGACGUAUCCAAGUUUCCGGGCGUCGCGGAGGGGCUCGAAGUUAGCAUGAGCGCCGCGAGCAAGCAGCUGCCGACGAUUAUCUGCUUCAAGAUGGGAAAGGAGGUGGCUAGGAUCCCGCAGGUUGACGGCGAGGGGAAGGUGGAUGCAAAGUGGAGUAAGGGUUUUACCGCGGCGCAUGUGGCGCAGGAGUUAAGGCUGAACGAACAGUUGCAGACGGCUAAGCGGUGGGAGAAAGAGGCGCAGGAGAGGUAUAAGAAGAGCAAGAAGAGGGAAUAGGUGUUGUUUCGUGGUGCUAAAAAGGACAGCCCUCUACCAUGCGCAUUUCCGAAGCGAGAAGCGAGAAGCGAGAAGCAAGAAGCAAGAAGCGAAGCGAUGACGCACCCGUGGCGCGAGUCCUGACGGGGGCGGGCACAACUCACACCUGCCCCUCACCCUUUCGCUCACGGUACAGAAAAGAUGGUGCGCCGCACGCGUUGCACGUAUCACAUGGGUCAGCACGUUACAAGUCGUGGACUUUGUUGUAUUAUUCAGAGCAGAACACGGCACAAGGCACAUGGCACGAACAGUGCAUAUUCGGGGAAAUAGGAAAAAAUGAUGGAUUAAGACGAAAGAGAUUUUGCAACGUUUCC